AAAGUGAUAUUUCUGUGAAAGAGUUUAGGAGACCGCUUAAAUAUUACAUAGUCGUGCUUCUGCUUUUAUUUUGAGACUCUGAAACCGGAAGACUAAGCGGUUUCCGGCGCAGGUUUGACAGCAGGUCCCGUUUCUUUUUUUUCACAUCUUUGCUUUCUUUAUUCCUCUCACUGCCUCUCUCUUUCUGUCUCUGCCUAUUUAAACGCCUUAUAGCCUGUCGGGUGUGUGACUGUACGCUUGCGUGCAGUAUUUAUUUGUUUAUUCACCUUAUGUUGACGUAUCGAGCUUUUAGGUUUUAGCCCGUUCCUCAAAUGAGAAGACGUAAAAGAUGGAGCUGCACAUUUUAGAGCACAACCUGAAAGUGGCGAGUAUAGAGAAGGAGGGGAUCCAGGUCUGCACUCACGGAUUAAUAAAACUCGCUUUCUUGGCCCCCAAAACAAGAUGCAAAUUCUUCAGUUUGACUGAGACCCCAGAGGACUACACCAUCAUCGUGGACGAAGAGGGCUUUAAAGAACUGCCACAGUCAGAGCACAUCAGCGUCGCUGAUGCCACUUGGUUGGCCCUGAACGUGGUUUCAGGAGGUGGAAAUGCCUCCAAUUCCCAACCCAUCGGAGUCACCAAGAUUGCCAAAUCUGUCAUCGCACCGCUGGCCGACCACAACAUCUCUGUUUUCAUGCUGUCAACGUAUCAAACUGACUACAUUCUGGUUCGAGAGCGAGACCUGCCCAUGGUCAUGCACACCUUGUCUUCCGAAUUCACUUUGCUGCGGGUGGUGAACGGAGAGACGGUGGCUGCACACGAUUUGGGUGUCACCAAUGGAUUUGUAAAACCAAAACUAGUCCCUCGUCCCAUCAUCCACCCUCUAUCCAGUCCCAGCAACAUGUUCUGUGUGACCAGCCUGGACCCAGACACACUGCCCUCUGUGGCCACGCUGCUCAUGGAUGUCAUGUUUUACUCUGGAGGAUCCAAAGAUUGUGGUGCAUCCAAUGAAGAUUCCAAUCACAUCCGUUUCUUCUCCUUCUCACUGAUCGAAGGUUACAUCUCUCUGGUCAUGGACGAACAGACAACUCAAAGAUUUCCUAACAACGUACUCUUCACCAGUGCUUCUGGUGAGCUUUGGAAAAUGGUCCGCAUUGGGGGUCAACCUUUAGGAUUUGAUGAGUGUGGUAUUGUGGCUCAAAUAUCAGAACCACUGGCAACAGCUGACAUUCCAGCCUAUUACAUUAGCACCUUUAAAUUUGACCACGCCCUGGUUCCUGAAGAAAACAUCCAAAGCGUGAUCAAAGCUCUGCGGACCGAGAGUAUGGCACAGUGAAGGAAAACUCCUUCGUUUCGUUUUCAAAGUCGCUUUGUUCAAAACAUUUUAUUGUGCCCGAAAAGUGCCAAGAGCUUAUCAGCGGACUACUGUGGACUGGCUCUGAUAGAAGAACAGGAGGAGGAAGAGGAGGAGGUCUAAGCACAGAGUGUGGGUGGAGUACUUUUUGUUUUUCAAGAGAACAGAUGAAGUGAUUAGGGAGUCUCGAGCUGCAUUUCCACUGCACAGUACCAGGAACUCUUAGUACCAGGACACAAUUAGUCGAUGGUUCAUACUUAAAUUAAAUUAAAUUCUAAUGACUCCGAAACCAUUUGACUCGAUAAGAACGAAACACUGUUACCAGGUCUCAGUACAAGACAAUACAACAACUAACAUUUCCAGCAGCAGAACACCUCUUAGCUUAAGUUUAAAACAGCUUAGACAUGGACAUGGAAGGAACCAAAAAAAGAUCCAUAACUACUAAUCAGUCAUCAAUACAUACAUUCAUCAAUACAUCAUUUCCUGUUAGUUUCUUUGAGAUACAUCAUGACAAAAUGUUAAUAGAAGUUUGGUUUUCUCCACUUUGGUUUUCGCUCCACUGUAGCAAUAACUGGAUCCCACUGACGAAAUAACACAUAACGCUCCACACAGGGUGGAGCGUUAUGCAUCGUUUAUAGCCUUUAAAUUAAAUGGGAGUGACAAAUGGAUCGAUCACAGUAAUUAGUGCGGCUUCACCAGACAAUAAAAUACUCAUUAGUCACAGCUUUAUCUAAUGCUGGGUGGUCACAAGGACCAAGGGAGGUCAAAAUGUACGGUAACAAGAGAGUCUAAGUCAACAUGGGGAAAAACGUUAUUAACGAAAACAAAAUCGUAAUUGUACUUUCGAUGGUCAUGAGUAUGAGAUUAAAAAAUGUUUCUGUAUAAAAAAAAUUUAAAAAAAGAAUUCCCCGAUACAUUUUAAUGGAAAGAAAGGUUGGUUUUCACCUUCUAUUCUUUUAAAAUACAGGUGCUGCACUCCAAUUUCUCCUGAUACGUUUUGCUACCUAAACAAUGUGUCGUUAGGUUCCUGGUCCGAGAGGUGCAAAGUUCCUGGUACUAGUUUGGUGUGGUGAAAAUGCACCGUGUGCCACUCAGAUGGUUGAGUGUUUUGUCCAGCUCCUCCCACUGCUCUGAUUAGUUGUUGCUUUUACCGUUUACCACUUUCUUUCUUUUCCCUCUGAAGCUGCUUAAUCCCACUCCCCAGACCCCUCGUGAGCACCAUACUGUAUUAGUUACAUAAUCCCUCUCCUGGAAGGAUGAUGAAUGUACUCUAAAAAAAUGAGAAGAAGAAAAAAACAACAAUGGAAGACGUUUAUCUCAAGCUCUCAGAUUUUAAGUUUUUUUCCACGUCAUUUUAGUGCCAUGAUGUUUGAAUGUCUGUCGAAAAAAAAAAAAUAGUGUGCAAUUGAAGGAGACAGACUGAAGGUAAUGACAGAACAGUAACAUGGUUUGAUGUUUUAUUUUUCUGCUUUUAGUAACUGUUUGUAACUGAGGAGCUGAAUUCAGUUCUGAGAAACAAAAGCAACAAAGUGAAUUGGAGGAAUUAACCUUGCAAAGCUUUGAUCAUUGCUGUGCGUUCACACUGUGAGCAACAAGGUCAUAGGUCAUGUAGUCUUUUAACUGUGUAAAAUUCAAACUGACAAAUCAUUGACAUGAGACAGAUUUUUAAACAAACAUUACAUUGUAGGAAGUAAGCAGAAAGUUAUUUUUUUAAUCAUGGAUUUAAACAGUCAAUAAUAGAAAUCAUAAUCAUGAUGCAUGAUUAAAUCAAUGAAAAACCUUUUCAUCAUUUGGCAGCUAACCUGUUUUUUCCUUUAGUGCGUAAAAUUAACUUUUGAGUGUGAAGAUAGUAGAGAUUUUGCAAUUAGGAAACAGCAGCUCAGACAAAUGAUACAAAAGUCUCAAUUAUUAAAUAGAAAUGUAUGAAUAUGGAAAAUGUUUUUAAACACAUUGAAGUUUCUGUUGUUGUCCUGUAGGGCAUGUUAUUUAAAAAAAACGUUGGUCUGUUACAUGUUUAACAAUUAAAAACAUGGCAGGAUAACAUGUUGCUACAUGGUAGCAAAGAGCUAAACAAACAGUUGCCAUAAAAUUAAGUAAAAAUUGGUCAUUAUUAGUAAUGAGUUGGUCACAAAUACACAGUAGUAGCAACUUUUAUCUAACUUGACAUAAACUGUCACCAUGUUAGCGACUUUGAUGCCAAGUUUGUCAUUUGGCAUUAGCAUUGGGUUUAUGUUGUCAUUCAUUUAGCAUAUUGUUACAUUUAUCUCUUAAAGCUAAAGACCUUGCUAUUAGUCCACAGUUCAACCCAAACUGCGCAGUAGUCUAAAAAAUGGAAAUUCACCCCCCUCUUAUUGUAGCAUUAGUUAGCGUUACAGUCAGUCGUUCGUGAUUGUUUUUAAUCCUCUUGGUCCCUGUUAGCGAUCAUGUUGCUUGCAGUGUGAACCCUUAGCUAACCCUGAUUUUAUUGACAAAUAACUGACAAUAUUUGCAUUAACCGUUUUUGUUUUGUUUUUUAAGUUACUGAGCCACUUUGACAGCGUACUUAAACAAUGACAUAAGCUAAAGUUCACAGUGGGCAGGGAACUGUUUUCCUACAAGCCCAUGGUGUCCACUUAGGUCUUGACCAUAGACAGUAUGUGAGAAAUGGACGAGCCACUAAAUCAGCAACACAUGUAAAGUCCACCCUGUCCCCCAGGUCCUAUUGGACAGUCUUUUGUUAGACACACAAUCUCAUUUUCCACUAAAUGGGAUCCUUUACAACAUGCACCAAAAUAAGAAAUGUAGUUUAUGAAACUGUUUCCAAGUUUAAAACUAAUUCUGGUCAACACAAUCUUUGUUACCAUUCUGAAGUUAGGACCGUAAAAAUGAGUCGCCCCCUAGUGGUUCACUGCUACAUCUUGUCUACUUUUGAGGUUACACUUGAACAGCUUUAUCCAUUUCUUAUUACUGAUCUAUGGUCUUGUCCUCACCCAGCCCACCCCAGCUCCCAGUCUGCACUUUAGAGCAGGUUCCAGCUCACAGACCUGCUGACUCGAUGUGAAAUAUAAGGGGGUGGAGCCAACAAACUUCUGUCCAGAUAUGGAGGAUAUUGUUUGUCUUACACAAUAGAUUUUUUUUACCCCCACUGCUCUUCACAGCAGCUGUUGGUUCCCCUGGUCAUUUCUGAUCAGCAGAUAGAAACAUUUGUAUUUAUCAGUGUUAACAUGUGAGAAGGUGACAUUUCUUCUGAUAGCAUAUAAAAAAUAAAAAAUAAACAUCAGAAAGCUUUUUUCUUUUUGGUUUAGAUUCUUGUGUGUGGGGGGGACGCUUCUUUGUUGUAUUUUUGUUUUCCAUUUUUUCUUUUUUAGCUUGAUGUGUUGAGUUGCUACUGUGGAUACAAUCAUCCUCACACUGCUCUUAGUUCAUGAUGUGUUCUUUAAUCAAUAAACUGGUGACAUCUCUGCC